AGGCAUGUGAAAAAGGCUUAGAGCGAGCAGGGGAGUGUGUAAGCAUCUCACAUUACGCUCCCAGUGUCUGCUGAGGGAGCUUGGCGGCGGCUGUGGGGUUGGAGCUAAAGGGUUUGUGAAAUUCUCUGUAUUUCUCCCUGCAGCCUGCGCGCCGCCUUCUGAUUAGCUGGGGCCGAGCUCCCGCAGCCGACCAGCCGGCGGCAUUAGGCCUCGCACUGUGAGCCCCGGGGAGAGGAGACCUUGCCCCGAGUCUGCUGCUUGGACUGGACGGGAAAGGGUCGACUGCAGCUCAGAGUCAACCCCAUCCCCGGGGGUUGGAAAGAAGAGCAGAGCAAAAGAGGAGUGCGCCUAGGCAGCUGGCAGCGCGAAGCCCCGCCGGGAGGAAUCAACAGCAAGCCCCGGAGAUGCAGUCGCUCCCGCGGCACCAGCGGCUCGGAGGAGGAGGAGGAGGAGGAGGAGGAGGAGGGGGAGGAGGAGGAGGAAGAGAAGGAAGAGGUAGCUCGGCGGAGCGCGGAGGAGAUGGAGGCUUCUGCCCUAACCCCUGCAGGCAGCGGCCAGGACCCGGCCCGGAGCUCCCCGCUUCGGCCCAACGGCUCCACUCACCCGAUGGCGAGAGAGGCUCGGGGCUAGGCAAUGCUUCAGAACUGAUGGCCCGCGGCGACAGGGAUGCAGUCGGCGCUCCUCGGCGUCUCGGGAAGCCCCCGGAGCCGGCCUGGAACCCAGUUGGAGUCCCCAGCAGCAAAGCUGUAGCUGUCAGUAAAGCGGGGCCCCGGGCCCCGGCUACUGCCGCUUGCCCGGGGACGCUGUCCACUGCUGAAGCCCCCGGGGCCCCCGGGGCUCCCGGGGCCGAAGACACGACACUCCCAGCCUGGAUGCGCCUCUACUUCUACGGGAUGCACGGCAUCACCUUGGACGUGCUCAUUUCCUCGGUUCGGGGUUUCCUCCACAGCCCCGACCUGAAGAUGCUGGGCUUCUCCACUCCCUACCACUGUCUGCUGCACUCGCUCACUCAGUUUGCCCUGGAGAAGGUCUACCUGCAGCGGCGGCACUGUCCGAGCAGCUUCGCCUUUCAUUUCCUCUUGUACCCUUCGGCCCACUUGGGGCUGCAGACCCUGGUGGGCAAGGCGCUGCUGCUGAUAAGCCACGGGGGGCGGCAGUUGGGCGAAGCGGCGCCGGGAGCGCUGGAUCUGGCUCUCCAGUAUGUGCUGGCAGUCUAUUACUCCCAAGUGUUUCUCAAGAGGUUCCUGCGCUUGCGAUACCGCCGCCCGCAGCCACAGCCUCAGCCGCAGCCGCAGCCACCGCCACAGCCACCGUGGCGCGGUCCCUCUCCGUCGUCCGGCUCUCGGACAGCUGCGGCGCCCAACAGCGGGCGGCCCCGGGGCGCCAGGGUGGUCGGGGGAGCUCCCAGACAAGGACUCCCUGAUCUCCUCCGCUUUCUCUUCUUUGGGAUGCACGGUUUCCUAGAUGAGAUCUUUUUCACUUUCUUCUUUAACCUCCUGGGGCCGGAGGACGGGGCCAUCAACGGUCACACUUCGCUCUGGUCUUUUCUUAUGUACGGCAGCUGCAGCUUCGUGGUGGAAAAGCUGUAUUUCUACUUGCACUACAGCCGAGGCUGGGGCACCUGUAAGAGGAUUCCCAUCUACGUUCUCUUCAUCUACACGUGGGAAUUGUCUUGGGGACUGGGACUCCGCAUGUGUGGGGGAUGCUCGUGGGACUACUCUCACUAUCCGUUGAAUUUCAUGGGACUCAUCACCUUGAUGUAUUUGCCGGGUUGGAUAUUUCUUAGCUUCUACCAGGACCUGCUGUCUAAUGUGUUGUGGCGUGUACAAUACAUACCAGCUAAAUGAAACAGAAAAUAAUAAGUGGAAGUCCCGGGAUAUUUUUUAAAGGAAGUUUAAGAAGGGGUGGGGGGAGUGUUUUUUAAUCUUUUACUUUUUAUACAUUUUACUAAAGUCUCUUUAAACAUGUUUUAUUUACACUUUUGAUUUUCUGGGUGUUUUGAACCUAUGGGUAAUAUAGUACUUUGAAUUAUGGCACUUUGGAGAGGAAUGCUAACUCAAAGUAUUUAACUCUUAAAACUUUUACUACACACACACACACACACACACACAC